AUGGAAAGGAAUGCUCUUCAUGGGUUCAAAGAAGGCCUCAAAAAUCCCACCAACAGGCUAUCUUCUUGGGUGGGUGACGAAUGCUGCACAUGGGAAGGCGUGGCUUGUGACAACCACACCGGCCAUGUUGUCAAGCUAGACCUCCGCAACCCACAUGCAUCCUUAGACCCUGACGUUGUUCCUUUGUCGAUCUUCCGCGACGACACAUGGUCCUUGGGAGGUGAGUUGAGGCCUGCCUUACUUGGUCUGAAACACCUGAAAUAUCUUGACCUGAGCAUGAACGACUUUGGAGGAAUUCGUAUUCCGGAAUUCAUGGGCUCAUUCCGUCGGCUCACAUAUCUUAACCUUUCUGGAGCUGGUUUGGGUGGACUGAUCCCACACCAGCUUGGGAAUCUAUCGAGCCUCCAAUAUCUUGAUCUCAGUUAUAAUUAUUAUUAUGAUGACAAUUCUGAACUUCCACUUGGAUUUCUCAUCAUCGAUGAUGCCCUUUGGAUUUCUAAUCUUUCUUCUCUGCGAUAUCUCAAUAUGUCGACGGGUGUGAAAUUCAGAGAAGGUGCUCACUGGCUGGAAGCACUAAACAUGGUCCCUUCUAUUGUUGAGGUACACUUACAAAGCUGUGGCAUCAACACCAUUCCACCCUCUCUUCCACAUGUGAAUUUUACUUCACUUUCUGUUCUUGAUCUUUCUUCAAAUUCUAUUAAUUCGAUGAUACCUGGUUGGUUGUUCAACAUUAGCAGCCUGGAGCACCUUGAUCUUCACGAUAAUGAUAUUUGGGGCACCAUUCCAUCUGCAAUUAAGAAUCUAACUUUGCUCAAGAUCCUUGAUUUAUCCGAUAAUCAGUUUCUUGAUGGCAAAAUUCCAGCUACGCUUGGGGAUCUGUGUAAGCUGCAGCAUUUGAAAUUGUCAGGCAUUAAUAUCAGCAAAAAUUUGCAUGAAUUUGAUGGAGUGUUUACUAGAUGCAUCAAAAAUAGCUUGGAGACUCUAUACAUGUGGAACACCCAGCUUACCGGUUAUUUGCCGGACUGGUUGGGGGACUUCAGAAUGCUCAAAUCACUCAAUUUGUAUGGCAACUCAAUUUUUGGUCCUCUUCCGGCAUCACUUGGAAGACUGUCAGCACUUCAAGGAUUAGUUCUUUCUGAAAAUAAGCUGAAUGGGACCAUCCCAGAAAGUCUUGGAAGACUUGCGGAGCUAGUUUCUUUAGACCUUUCCUAUAAUAUGCUGAAUGGGACCAUCCCAGAAAGUCUUGGAAGACUUACGAAGCUAGUUUCUUUAGACCUCAGCUAUAACUUUUUGGAGGGUCUCAUAUCUGAAGAAUACUUUGCCAAUCUCACCAAACUGAAUUAUCUAUAUUUAUCCCAAAAUCAAUUAAUUCUGAAGCUGGGGCCUGAUUGGAUUCCCCCUUUUCAGCUUCAAGAGUUAUAUAUUGGUUCAUGCAAGUUGGGACCACGAUUCCCAACAUGGCUCCGGAUGCAAAAAAAUAUUAUCCAUCUAGACAUGUCUAGCACAGGAAUUUCAGACACAGUGCCAGAUUGGUUUUGGAGGUCAUUUUCUCAGAUACUUCACUUGGAUAUCUCCAGCAAUGGAAUCACUGGCAGUAUACCCAAUCUUACCGACUUCAACAAUCUUGGUCAUCUUAAUUUGAGUUCUAACCACUUUGAGGGACCUUUGCCAAAUUUUAAUUCUGUAAUAUUGUGGCUGCUAGACCUAUCAAACAAUUCAUUUUCAGGUGGGAUUCAUCCAAGUAUUGGCAAAAGCAUACCUCAUUCAGUCUAUCUCUCCCUUUCCGCAAACAAUUUAAGUGGUGAAAUUCCUUUGUCUUUUUGUCAGCUCAGUGGUAUGGUUCUUGAUCUUUCAAAAAAUCUAAUGUUAGGUGAGCUUCCUGAUUGCUGGAACCACUCUUUUGGAAUCAUGGUCAUGGAUUUUUCAAGCAACAAUCUAUCUGGAAGCAUUCCUCCAUCAAUCUGUUCAUCACCAAAUCUUGAGUCAUUGCAUUUAAGCAAUAAUAAUCUAUCAAGAGCACUUCCUUUAUCCUUGAAGAGUUGUGUGCAUUUAAAUACUCUUCAUCUUGGACAUAAUGGAUUCACUGGUGCAAUACCUACCUGGAUAGGAGAAAGUUUGUUGUCUUUGAAGAUCCUCAACUUACGAUCAAACAAGCUUGUUGGAAAUAUCCCUCCUAAUCUAUCAAGACUAAGUGCUCUUCAAAUCCUGGAUCUUGCUAAUAACAAUUUAUCAGGAAACAUUCCUUCAACAUUUGGGAACUUCACUGCCAUGAAAAUAUUACGAAAUACUCAUGGAACAAUUUUAGAUUUUCGAAAUGGAACGAUGUUCGGUAUUUCUUAUGAGGACAAAAUUCAAGUGACCAUAAAGGGACAAUACAUUGAGUAUGCCAUAUUGCUUCCACUUGUGAUCGCUAUGGAUCUUUCAAAUAAUAACUUGUCCGGAACAAUACCAAAAGAGCUGACUAGCCUUUUUGGACUCAUGAGCUUAAAUUUAUCUGAAAAUCAUCUGACCGGAGAGAUCACAGAAAAAAUUGGUGCAUUACAACAGUUGGAGUCACUUGACUUAUCAAAAAAUAAUCUUUUCGGUAGAAUUCCUUCAAGCAUGAUUGAUCUAACUUUUCUGAGUUACUUGAACUUAUCAUAUAACAAUCUGUCAGGAAGAGUUCCAAUAGGUAAUCAGCUUCAAACCUUCAUUGACCCAUCUAUCUACAUUGGUAAUCCUGAUCUUUGCGGGUUUCCAUUAACUCAAAAGUGCAAAGAUGAUGGGACAAACCAAGGUCCAAAUGCUGUUGGAGGGGAUGAACAAAAUAAUGAUGCCAUGGAUGAAGAAAGAUUUAAAGUGAAGUGGAAUAUGAGCACUGGAGCAGGAUUCGCUGUAGGUUUGUGGGUUGCUUUUGGCCCGUUAUUAUUCAACAACAAAUGGAGAGAAGCCUAUUUUCAACUUAUAGAUCAGGUAUAUGAUACCAUUUAUGUGGUCUUGGCAGUGAUUUUUACUAGGCUUAAAGGACACAAUGUUACAGCAUGA